AUGUAUCUCAAGCGUGGUAUAAAGCGCCAGUCUUGUGACUUUUGCUAUGGGCGCAAGAUCAAAUGCGAUUGGGUAUCGCGUCAAUCCGAAGGCUAUGAUCAAUGUUCGCGUUGUGAGUUACGGAAUAUAGCUUGUACCGCAAAUACAAAUAUCGACAACCGCAAUGGAGCCAGACGGAGCUUGCGCCGUGAUGUCCGCUCUGCUGCUGGUCGGAUCUCAUCCAGUCCCGAUGGCGGGCAUGUGGCCGAUGAUGGUAACCUUCCCAGCAGUACCAACGACAUCGACCCAGUCAAUAAGGAGACCAUCCCCGCCCUACCCCAGGAUCAGGUGCUACCUAUUGACCCAAGCUUACAAUAUACGGCUAUUGACUCUGAGUCUGCGUGGCAAGAUAUUAGUUGGGAUCUGGGAGCCGAGAGCAUCUCCUUUCUUGACAGUGUCUUUACACACAACUAUAACUUCGACAAUAUGUCCAACAGUCCUCAGAUAUACGCCAGCGAGGAGGUCGCGGGCGCUUUACAAAACCCUUAUGAAAUCCUCGAGCUUGAUCCGAGCACUCUCAAAGCAGCCAUUGACGCUUACUUUGACCUGACCUCACUCGCUAUCCCGAUACUAAACAGAGACGCAUUCCAGGCUGACUACACGAGCCACAGAGCCAGUCCUGCAUUGGUGUACGCUGUCGCAUGCCGAGGAUGCCCCUUCUUAUCGAUAUCGCGAAAAUGGCUGGUGCAGCAGCGGCUGGCGAGCGAGUUUAGACGAGCAUGGCUCGAGGCAAGGUCAGCUGCAGGGGACAAGCAAUCAAUCAGACUGGACGAUCUCGAAGCCCUGGCUCUCAUGGUUGAAUUUGCUUACGAACCAGCUGAGGAUGCCAACACAGCGCUCCAUUCCCAGCUUGGCAGCCUUUUCCUAACACACGACAGCCUGGUCCUCAUGACAUUACAGUAUCAGAUUCUUUGCCACGCGUCCCUGUCGGAAAGCCUUUCCGUUCAUUUACAUGGGACAGAAGAGCGAAAGAGGUUGCUUUUCUGGUACGUGUUUGGCAAAGAUACGUUCCGCGCUCUCGACCAGAAAUCUUCAUCUCGUAUCAGGGACGGCCAUACUGAAAUCGUCGAGCAACUACCAGAGCAUGAAGAGAGAACAUAUCUAGAUGCCAUACUUGCCCUGGCCAUCAUUGCGAGAAAGAUAAAUCAUGAAUUUCUGGGCGCUACUGCUGGACAUGCAAAUGUCAGUCACCAAGACGUGGUCAAGCUAUACGGUCAACUGGAAGAGUGGCGUAAGACGCUGCCCCCUUACUUACUUUGGGACACUAAACGAGACGCCAGCCUACCUGUUGAACGCGGUACUGGGGAACUGGCCCAAGUGCGCCAGCUGCAACAGGCUGUCCUUUUGUUGCUAGAACACAACUGCUGCAUGCAGAUCGAAAGGUGUGCUUCAGAACGUGGAAUAACUAACCCGACCUCCAUGGAGGGUGUUAUGCUGAAUCAUCUUAUCGAGUACCAAACCUUGGCAAUGACGAACGAUAUAACAGAAGCUGCUAAAUGGUUCCAGUCGCAGAACAUAUGCCAGGACACACCUCAAGGAACUGUUACAUAUCCUCUGAUUGACCUUUCCCCAGAGAUUCUGCGCGAUGUAUGUGCUGGCACUGCUUAUUGGCUGUGCGACCGCGGAAAGAAACUUUUGAAUUCCGCUAGCCAUGGGCAGGCUUCCCUAACGCAAGGGGCCGAAAGCUUUGCGGCAAAUGCGGCAUUACUGAGAGAUUCCGUGGCAACAGCAAAAUCGCACAAGGAUACAUCGUGCGUGGUCGAGAAGUUGGACGAGCAGCUCUCAUCUUUGAAGGAGGCGAUCAAAAGCGCCAACAAUGGUUGA